CACUCGUUUGCUAUAAAUAGGUGGAGGAGGACAGACACUCUUCACCCCAAAAUUAAAAGAAAAAGAGGCAGUACUAAUUAAUUAUCCAUCAUGGAUGUUCACAAGGAAGUUAAUUUCGUUGCUUACCUACUAAUUGUUCUUGGAUUAUUGGUACUUGUAAGCGCGAUGGAGCAUGUUGAUGCGAAGGCUUGCACUUUAGAAUGUGGUAAUCUUGGGUUUGGGAUAUGCCCACGUUCAGAAGGAAGUCCGGAAAAUCGCAUAUGCACCAACUGUUGUGCAGGUUAUAAAGGUUGCAAUUAUUAUAGUGCAAAUGGGGCUUUCAUUUGCGAAGGAGAAUCUGACCCAAAAAACCCAAAUGUUUGCCCCCGAAAUUGUGAUACAAAUAUUGCCUAUUCAAAAUGUCUCCGUUCAGAAGGAAAAUCGCUAAUUUAUCCCACCGAAUGUACCACAUGCUGCACAGGGUACAAGGGUUGCUACUAUUUUGGUAAAAAUGGCAAGUUUGUAUGUGAAGGAGAGAGUGAUGAGCCCAAGGCAAAUAUGUACCCUGCAAUGUGACCCUAGACUUGUCCAUCUUCUGGAUUGGCCAACUUAAUUAAUGUAUGAAAUAAAAGGAUGCACACAUAGUGACAUGCUAAUCACUAUAAUGUGGGCAUCAAAGUUGUGUGUUAUGUGUAAUUACUAAUUAUCUGAAUAAGAGAAAGAGAUCAUCCAUAUUUCUUAUCCUAAAUGAA